CGAACUCGUAAUAUGAGCUAGGUUUAUCAUCAGCACCGGCUGCCGGCUGGUGCCGGUGGUGCUAAAUGGAUCAUUUAAUGAUUUGCUGGUUUUUGCACUCAUAUUGGGGUAUUUGGAUGACUAUAUUUUCCAGAAGUAAUUAUUUAGCUAGUACAUAUUGGUUAUCACUGACCUAUCAGUCGUCAUUCCUCCGGAGUCAAGUAAGAUUUGCAUCGAAGAAGAGAAGGAGGCAAAGAAACAUCCUGGAAAAGAUGGACCGCCGAGAGCAGCCCGUCUGGACGCGGCCGCAGGGCUCGGAGGCGCCGCAACUGCACCUCUACAACAGCCUGAGCCGGCGCAAAGAGCCGUUCGUGCCGCAGGCCGGCCGCCGCGUGCUCUGGUACAGCUGCGGGCCCACCGUCUACGACGCCUCCCACAUGGGACACGCCAGGUCGUACAUCUCGUUCGACAUCCUGCGCCGCGUGAUGACCGACUACUUCGGCUACGACGUGACGUACGUGAUGAACGUGACGGACGUGGAUGACAAGAUCAUCCGACGCGCCCGGCAUCAGCACCUGCUGCGGCAGUACGCGGCUGACACCACCGACCUCCGACGCAUGGUGGACGACUGCGCGCUGGCGCUCCAGAAGUACUCGAAGAAGGCGGCCGCCGAGAAGGACGCGGACAAGCGCGACAUGCAGCGCCGCCUUGUAGAUCGGCUCUCGGCGGCGAUCGACAAGGUCGAGGCCAUGGUCAAGGAGGGCGGCGACGCCAACCUAAGCCAGGCCAAGCAGCUGCUGCUGAAGGAGGCGUCCGACCCGCUGGCCGAGUGGCUUGACGAUCGGCUGGGUCACACGGUGACGGACAACGUCAUCUUUGCCGAUCUGCCGCGCCACUGGGAGGCCGAGUUCCACAGCGACAUGGCGGCGCUGAAUGUGCUGCCGGCUAACGUGGUGACCCGGGUCAGCGAGUACGUGCCCGAGAUCGUCGACUACAUCGCCAAGAUUAUCGAGAACGGGCUGGCCUACGAAUCCCACGGCUCCGUGUACUUUGACGUGGGCCGGUUCGACGCCGACGACCGCCACCACUACGCCAAGCUGGUGCCGGAGGCGUACGGCGACAGCGCGGCGCUGCAGGAGGGCGAAGGCGACCUCAGCGUCUCCGAGGACCGGCUGAAGGAGAAGCGGUCGCCGAACGACUUCGCGCUGUGGAAGUGCUCGAAGGCGGGCGAGCCGAGCUGGCCGUCGCCGUGGGGUGCCGGCCGGCCCGGCUGGCACAUCGAGUGCUCGGUGAUGGCGUCGGCCAUCUGCGGCCCCAGCAUGGACAUCCACACCGGCGGCUGUGACCUCAAGUUCCCGCACCACGACAACGAGCUGGCGCAGGCCGAGGCCUACUUCAACAACGACAACUGGGUGCGCUACUUCCUGCACUCGGGCCACCUGACCAUUGCCGGCUGCAAGAUGUCCAAGUCGCUGAAGAACUUCGUGACGAUCAAGGACGCGCUGCAGCGCCACACGGCCCGUCAGCUGCGACUGAUGUUUCUCAUGCACGCCUGGAAGGACACGCUCGACUACAGCGAGCACACAAUGGACGUGGCUAAGAACUUCGAGAGGACGGUUAAUGAGUUCUUCCUGUACGUCCGCUCCGUGCUGCGGUCGGCGCCGGCCGGGGUGGAGUUCUUCCAGAAGUGGGGCAGCCGGGAGCUGACGCUGAACGGCACGCUCAGCGAGACGCGUGCUGGCGUACACGCCGCCCUUUGCGACAACGUCGAUACGCGCGCCUCGCUGGACGCGCUGCGCGAGCUGGUGUCCGCCUGCAACAGCUACAUCGGCGAGGCUAGGGCGGACGGCCGGGUGCCUAACCGGCAGCUGCUGGCCGACGCCGCGCAGUACGUGACGCACGUGCUGCGCGUGUUCGGGGCGGUGCCGGCCGGCGGGCCGGCUAUCGGCUUCCCGGCCGAGGGAGACGCCGGCAGCGCCGACCUGGAGACGCUGGUCAUGCCGUACCUGGACGUGCUGGGCCGGUUCCGGGAGCGCGUGCGGCAGACGGCGCGCCAGCACCAGGUGCCCAGCGUGCUGCUGGAGUGUGACCGCGUCCGUGACGAGGACCUGACCGAGCUGGGCGUGCGGCUGGAGGACGGCGGAGGCGAGACUGUGUUCAAGCUGGUGGGGCGCGAGACGCUACUGCGCGAGCGGGAGGAGCGCACGCGCCAGGAGCAGCAGCGCCGGCUGGAGCAGGAGCGCCGCCAGCUGGAGAAGCUGCGCCUGGAGGAGGAGCGCGAGGCGCAGCGGCGCGUGCCGCCGCAACAGAUGUUCCGCGCCGACGACAAGUUCUCCCGGUUCGACGAGAAGGGUAUGCCCACGCAUGACAAGGACGGGAAGGAAAUAAGCAAAGGACAGCUGAAGAAACUACUGAAGCUCUACCAAGCGCAGCAGAAGAGAUACGACGAGUUUCUCGCCUCUCAAAACAAAGAGUCGUAGCAUACGAACAGGACCACGCCAUGAUGCUUGCUGGGGAGUUGCACGGUGACCUGUUGCGCACCUGUUGCAAACAGUGGAGAUCGCACCUUUUAAAAAUGCCAAUUUGUUCUCGCCUCGGUGGAAAAAUGAUGUGUUGUUCGGAUGAGACGUCGCUUUUGGACCAGUGGUUGGGGGAUGGUGGGCGGGGCGACGCGUGUGCUCCGCUUGGGCCCUGCAAACGUUGCUUUAAGUCGGGAGAACUCCUGCACUGCGUUGGGUUUGUGAGCUCUGGUCAAUAUAUUUAUGAGAACCAUU